CUUCUGCUUUUCUUCUUCUCCGUCACUGAGCUGCCACCCAUGGCAAACUUCACCUUCUCCUCCUCCUCCUCCUCCAACGCUACUCUACCUCCGUUGCGCCUUCCAGCUUCAUCAUCUCCCGCGGCUUCGGACGAUGGUUCGGGGGACACCAUCAGCAUAUCCAUGGCGUCCAGUCCACCAAUGUCUCCGACGCCGUCCAUGGAAUGGUUUCUGCAAAUUCAAGUCAGCUAGAAGAUGACUUACAAGGGAGUGAAAACGACGAAGAUCGAGUAAACAGCGAUUUAGUCAUAAAGAGAAAGAGGCAGAAAACUUCAGCUGUUUUGGAUGAUUUUGAUGAAGUUGUUCAAUUUCAGCCUUCCAAUUCAAGUAACCCAUUUGUGAGUUGUGAUGGUGUUAGAUACUGUAAUGGAAAGAUGAGGGAAAUAAUUGCCACUGCUGUUAUGGUUCAUGAACUUCCGUUUAGUAUUGUUGAGGAUGAGGUUUGGAUGUGGGCCUUCCAGUAUGCAAAUUCAAGUUUCCAAAAGGUGACUUCAGAAACUGUUAGAAGUGAUUGUUUAUCAAUAUAUGAGGCGGAGAAGAAAAAGUUGAAGACUUUGUUGACUAGUGUGAAUAAGAUUAGUUUAACUAUAGAUAUGUGGAAAUCAAGCCACCAAGUAGAUGAAUAUAUGGUCAUCUCAGGUCAUUUCGUUGAUGCAGGGUGGAAGCUUCAAAAGAGAGUGUUGAGUUGUGUGAAAGUGCCUUCUCCCAGGUGUGGAAUUGAUGUGGCUGGUGCAAUUUUCAAGUGUUUGAAAGCUUGGAGGAUUGAAAAUAAAGUUUUUUCAGUAUCGGUUGAUAAUGAUACUUAUAAUGAUUCAUGCCUAGCAAAUCUGAAGGAGAAGUUAUCAUUGAGCAGCAAGGUAUUCCUCGGUGGUGCUUUGUUUCAUGUCAGAUCUUAUUUGCACGUAUUAAAUUCGUUAGUGCAAGAUGGCCUAAGUAAGAUUGAGGAUAUCAUUUUCAAUAUUCGUGAAAGUAUGGAGUAUAUUAACUACAAUGAUGCAAGGUUGAAGACAUUUUGUGAUGUUGUUGAACAGAAGCGCUUGGGAGUUAGAAAACUUCUUAUUGAUUGUCCAACAAGAUGGAAUACCACAUUUCAUAUGUUGACAGCUGCAUUGAAAUUUAAAAUUGCCUUUGCAGCUUACAAAGAAAGAGAGCCCCAUUAUGAUUAUGCACCUUCACUUGAAGAUUGGGACAAGGUUGAGAAAGUUUGUACACUUCUAGAAGUGUUUAACUCUUCUACUCAUGUAGUCUCAGGUUGUGAGUAUCCUACUGCUAGUUUGUGUCUUGCUAAAGUUUUGAGGGUGAAACAACUAAUUGAUAAUGCGGCUAAGGAUGGAGAUCUCUUCAUGAGAGAAAUGGUAGCUCCAAUGAAAGUAAAAUUUGACAAAUAUUUGGGGGAAUGUAGUUUGCUAUUGGGUGUUGCAAGUAUUUUAGAUCCUAGGUGCAAAUAUCACAUUGUUGAUAUAUGCUUUCCCUUGAUAUAUGAGUCUGAGGAAGUUGCCAAAGAGAAUAUAAAGAAGGUACGGAGUUCUUUGGAAGAAUUAUAUGAUGAGUAUGUGUCUCUAAGUUUGGAGGGUUCAUCCUCUGCGGAAGCAAAUAAUGGUGUUAACAAUCCAACAUCUUCCACUAAACCUAGAUCUUCAUUCAUCACUGGAUUUGACCACCUUAUGAGUAUUUUGCAUGAAAAGGAAGUUGUUCCUCCAGUGAAAUCUGAAUUACAAGCUUAUCUUGAUGGAUGCGUUUAUGUCCCAGAUGUUGAUAAUAACUCAUUUAGCGUCUUGGAGUGGUGGAGGAACAACAACUCAAAAUAUAAAAUUUUGUCAAAAUUGGCUAUUGAUAUACUAGCUGUUCCAAUAUCCACCAUGUCAUUGGAGGAUACGUUUAGUGCUAGAGGUAGAGUUAUUGGUGAAAUGUGUUCUAGAUCGAAUGAGGAAUCUAUUGAAGCACUUAUUUGUGGCGGGGAUUGGCUUCGUCAUAAGUAUAAUAUAAAGAGGAAGUCAAAGGUGGAUGAAGGACAGGAAGAGAUCAUGUUGAAGGUUUAAUGCCUUUUUAGCUGCUUGUUGGCUGUUCUAUUAUUUUUAUUGUUUAACUGAGACCCGUUGUUAUCAGUCUUUGUUAAAUGAGACCGUAUUGUUGUUUUGAAAUUUAAGGCUUGAGGUCUAUUUGGUUGUUUUUGUUAAUUUAAUGCUUGAGGUCUAUUUGGUUGUGUUUGUUGAGUUAAUGCUUAUUGGAUGUGUAAUAUUGUUUGAUAAUUUAAGAUUUGAGAACUAUUGUCAUUGGAUCAAGCCUAGGGCCUAUCUGGUUCUGCUUGAUUAUUUAGGGUGUAAACUAUUGUAUUUUAUGUUGUUUGUCUGCAUUUGCUUAGCUUACAAGACAUGUCAGAAUUGCUGUCUUUUUGACCCCUUCACAAGGCACACCAAUGGCUUUGCUGCAAAUUUGGAAAAGGAAGUAGCAGCUGAGAUAGCAGAAUGUGAAUUAUCUUUCCUGUUUGGAGAGAGAUCAAGUUCAACCUAGUGAACCUAUCAGUUUGAAACUUGAAAGAUGAAUAUUUUCAGCAUUUUCUCCAUAGUGAAGCUGUUGCUGGGAUUGAGUAUGAAGCUCAACUUCAAACGACACCUCUAUCACGCUUGUGGUCAGGACUUAUGGUUUGUGGGAGUGGUUCCAUUACAUGCUGUUUGCCUGGCUGAGUUUCCUGGCUCUGAGGUGGGAACUUAGGCUCCUGGCUCGCCAUUUUUGCAGAAUUGUGAAGCAAACUUUGUGGUAGCAGAAGCUGAGUAUAUUAUAUGAAAUGAGACUGUACAGGAGUUUUGGGUUAAAAUAACCACAUAUUGUUAUCUAUUUUGUAGGUGUACAUUAAGUAGUGAUGGCUGCCAACUCAAUUGUUAUAGCAUGCCACGUACAAGUGCAUGCUGCCAACGUGUCAUACAUGAGACACUGGUCCUGAAACGCUCAAGGAGUCUUUGGCCAAGCGGUGGAGUUCAACUGUAUGUGAGACAGAGAUAACUACAAUCAAAAGAUGAGUUUGCAUACUAUGUUUCAUGCUAAAUUUUGUCUUUAGUGCUAUAUGCUUUUUGUCUGAUAGUUCGUGGUUGAAUAAAACUGAGAAUCAAAACUAUAUGUACAUAUGCUGACACUAACAGUAAAACAUAAAAUUAAUAUUUAUAGCCCUUUAUUUUGUUCCAUUAUUUUUUGAUAUACUCUCGAUUUAAUUCUCAAUAUUAAAUGAGAGCUAAACCAUAUAAACAUCUGUAAACCAAACCACAAAUGUCUGGUAUUGACAUUUGUGGUACCACACUCCUUUAUAAUCAUCCAACAUAUAUCAUUUGCCCUAGAACCUAAAUAAAAUAAUAAAAAACAUAAGUUGAGGACUAAAGAGUGAGAUUAUCACAAAAAAAUGAGGGAUCAAAUCAAGGUAUUUUAAAAACUAAAGAUAGACAAUUUACAUGCACUAAAAUAAUUGUUACUCUUAUUUUGAUUUACCUUGAUUACACUUUCAGUCUGUUUUGGACUUAUAGUUGAUGUUUGCUUUUAGUUUAUGAAUAAUUUUGUAAGCAAAUUUUAUGUCUCAAAAAUUUUCUAAUUGUCAGAAUCAAGUC